ACAAUGAUGCGAUGUGAUUAGAGGAGCAUCAUCUUCCUUAUAAACAGGGGAUACUCCAUAGAAGUUGAGAUCCACGAUGGGCCUUACAAUGUCAUCAAAAAAUGGGACUACACUGGAUUUGUUGAGGCAAUCGACAAUGGAGAAGGCAAGUGCUGGACAACUAAGGUGCGGUGUGAAGAAGAUCUAAUAGAGGCAAUUGAUACAGCUCUGGGUGAAAAGACAGACCGUCUUUGUUUCAUAGAAGUGAUCAUUCACAAAGACGACACAAGCAAAGAACUGCUUGAAUGGGGCUCUAGAGUCUCUGCUGCAAAUAGCCGGCCGCCAAACCCCCAUUAACCUCUUCUCACUCUUAAUUAAAACAGACAACCUUUUGCAGUGUG